AUGUUUAAAGUGAUUUUAGGAGUGGAUGCUGAGGUGUUUGUGUGCCCGCAGGCGUCUCUUCUGCAGCUGGAGCAGAGCUGUGAGUCUGCUGGUUCUCAGGUGAAGCUGCAGGAGAAGAUGCUCUCUGCUCUGCUCUGCGAUACGGAGCAGCUCCAGCGCAGCGUCCUCCGUCUGGACGCACAGCUCCACAGCCUCCUGCUGGAGAACCUGGAGCUCCGGAGCUGGACGGAGGAGCAGCAGGAGCGCCGCCGCUCCCAGCAGACGGAGUUCAGCUCGCACCGCAGCCGCGUGAGCGACUACAGGACAGCCGUGUGUCUGCAGGAGAGCCGAGCGCACCUCCAUCAGGAGCUCCAGCACAAGCAGCAGGAGGCGUCUGGACUCAGACUCGCUCUGGAGGAGCUCCAGACCGACCUCCAGAAACCAGUCCGUCAGACGCAGAAGGAACUCGAGCUUCUCAAGGAGAACAUUCUUGCAGCCAGACAGACUGUGAUGGAGAGAAAAGCUCGUCUGGAGAACGAACGGCAAACGCAGACGCAGCUGAGGAGAGAGAUCGAGAUUCAGGAGCGCAGAUGUGAGGCCAUCCUGAAGCGUCUGCGCAGCCAGCUGAAGGAAGCUCAGUCGGGUCACCUGCAGCUGCGCAGCGACGUCACACACCUGCAGACGCAGCUGGAGGAGCUCAGGACUCAGCUGGAGCGAGACGGAUGCUGAUGGAGCUUAAGACAAGAAGUUAAAGGUUCUGUGGGAAUGUGUUUGAAUUAGAGCUGCGGAACGAUCAGUCGCGAUUAAUCGAUUCAAAAUGAAAGUGUAUGUUUACAUAUGAUAUGUGUGUGUGCUGUGUAUAUUUAUGUAUAUAUCAUUCCGCAGCUCUAGUUUGAAUGCACACCUGUGAUUUAAAAUGUAUUAAUUUUCUGUGAACAUGUUUUAAUCUAAACUGCAGGUUCGUUCAGUCCGGCACUGGUCAGUGUGUGUUUGGAUGUUUUCUGUUUAAAAACGAGCCGGAGACUGCGUCGAAUACUGUUCAACCAGUUAACAGUUAACCGGCUCUCAUGUUUCUCUCUGUCUGCUACAGCAGAUUAAUAUGCAUAACAAAAUUAAACAGUACUUUCAUUAUUUGUACAUAUACAGUGUGAUUUACUGCACCGACGGAAUCAAAUCGGGGCACAUACAUUAAAGAGAAUGACCAAAUAUGAUUAAAAUAUGCAAGCAGACACUGUCAAAACGGCAAGCAAGAAAUGUAUCGAUACCUUCGAAAAAACACAUGCAUCAUUUUCAAUGUCAACAGAAAAAAAAGUGCCAAAUAUAAGUGAAAAACAAACGUAAUUAGGUAUUUCACACUCGUGUCAUUCAUUGAUGCAUACUGUAUGAUAAUCCGACAAUAAAACAAAUUAACAACAAAGAACUAGAGGAAG